UUCAAAAAUCUUCAAUUUUGUGUUUUUGACACCAUGGUAUGCUAAAAACAUUCAAAAACAUCUGGAGAAAAUUUGAAAUCAAAAUCUCCUUCCUAUAAUGAGUUAUAGCUAUUCAAGUAACAGGGACUAGGAAUUAUUUUCCUUAGCAACGGUAGGACUAAAUUUUUAAUUUGGUUGCUAGGGGCUUUUCUCAUAAAAUAGUGGCCUAAAAUUCACGGGAUUUCCGCGCCCUUUACCAUCCCCGUAUCUUCUUUGCUCAGAAACUCGGAAAAUAUCUUAAAGCUAUUUUUCAAAACCUCAACAUGUUUAUUUUGUGAUGGUUGGUGUUGCAGACUUAUGUAAUGUCAGUCUAUGUUCAUCUCUAUGUUUAUGCUUUUGUUUUAGUAGUUCAGUAAUGUCUAGCAUUAAGAAAAAAAACCCAUCUAGAAAGAGAAAAAGAAAAUGGAAUGGUGUUGUGCCAUCCAAACAUCGUAAACAACAACAACUGAGUUAUCCUGUCAACGACUUUGAAAAUGUUUCUUGUGCAAGUUCUCGUAAACUUAAUCUGGAUUCAUCCUCUCAAGGUGGCAGCUCAAACAAUUACUUUAUCGCUUUGAACUUUGAGAUUUUAAAGGAGUUAGUAGCUGCAACAUCAUGUCCUGAUUGCCUUGAAGGGGAAAUGACUAUUGUUGACAUCGCUAAACAACGCAUGGGUUUUUGUCAUCUGUUAGAAUUAAAAUGUACGCUCUGCGAUUAUUCUAAAAGGUUCCACUCAUCUCAAGUAGUUGAAAACAAAAUGGAUGUGAAAAAACCAAAAAUUACUGAUGGGACAAAGAAGAAGAAAGCUUCAAAAAUAUCAAUUAAUCCUUUUGAUAUCAAUGUCCGCUUUGUUAUUGGUUUGCGGGAAAUCGGUACUGUUCAUGAAGCAAUGAAAACUUUGUCAUCAUGUUUGAAUAUGAAUUGCUUGACACCAAAUGGUUAUAACAAAAUCAAACAGUCUGUGUUAAUAGCAUAUAAAAAUGUAGCAGAAAAAAGCAUGUCAAGAGCUGCUUCAGAGGCAAAUUCUCUUGGCGAUACGACUGGUAUUAAACAAUUACGGGUUUCCAUUGAUGGCUCUUGGCAAAAAAGAGGACAUGUGUCCAAAAAUGGAGUUGUAACAGCUGUUUCAGGUGACAAAUGUGUAGAUGUUGAAAUCCUGACGAAGCAUUGCAAUGGAUGCAAGAUGUGGAGUUCAAAAAAAGGCACUCCUGAGUAUAACUGCUGGUUAUUAGACCAUGAAUGUGAAAUAAAUCAUUCACCGUCGUCUGGUAGUAUGGAGUCAGUAGGGGCAGUCACUAUGUUUAAAAGGUCAAUUGAGAAACAUAAUGUCAAGGAGUACCUUGGAGACGGGGAUACGUCCUCUUUUGUGGAUGUGACAAAGGCGAAUGUAUACAAGGAUCAGAAUGUAGAGCCUAUAAAACUUGAAUGUGUUGGACAUGUUCAAAAAAGGCUUGGCACACGAUUGCGAAACUUGGUAAAGGCGCACAAAGGAACCGACACACCUUUAGCAGGGAAAGGCAAAUUGACAGAAAAAACAAUUAAUUCUAUGCAGAAUUAUUAUGGAAAUGCCAUUCGAUCUAACACAGAUAAUCUUUAUGGUAUGAAGAAAGCGGUGUAUGCAAUAUUGUUUUAUUAUACCAAUCUUCCGAAUAUUAGUACUCGUCAUGUUUUGUCCACGUGGCAGUGACAGCUGGUGUAAGUACU